GGUGGUCAAAUGCUGGAAGCGCGGCACCUCCGAGAUCGUCGCUAUCAAGAUCCUGAAGAACCAUCCGUCGUACGCCCGCCAGGGGCAGAUCGAGGUCUCCAUUCUGUCGCGUCUGAGCCAGGAGAAUGCCGACGAGUUCAACUUUGUGCGUGCCUUCGAGUGCUUCCAGCACAAGAACCACACGUGUCUGGUGUUCGAGAUGCUCGAGCAGAACCUGUACGACUUCCUCAAGCAGAACAAGUUCUCGCCGCUGCCUUUGAAGUACAUAAGACCCAUUUUGGAGCAGGUACUGACGGCCCUGUUGAAGCUCAAGCAAUUGGGUCUGAUUCAUGCCGAUCUGAAGCCCGAGAACAUAAUGCUCGUCGAUCCCGUGCGGCAGCCGUACCGCGUGAAGGUGAUCGACUUCGGGAGCGCCUCGCAUGUGAGCAAAACUGUGUGCAACACGUAUCUGCAGUCGCGCUACUAUCGCGCCCCGGAGAUCAUCCUGGGGCUGCCGUUCUGCGAGGCCAUCGACAUGUGGUCGCUGGGCUGUGUGGUGGCCGAGCUCUUCCUGGGCUGGCCCCUGUACCCCGGCAGCUCGGAGUUCGACCAGAUCAGGUACAUCUCGCAGACGCAGGGGCUGCCCACGGAGCACAUGCUGAACAGCGCCUCGAAGACCUCGAAGUUCUUCUACCGCGACGUGGACUCGACGUACCCGUUCUGGCGCCUCAAGACCACCGAGGAGCACGAGGCGGAGACCAACACGAAGAGCAAGGAGGCGAGGAAGUACAUCUUCAACUGCCUGGACGACAUCGGACAGGUGAAUGUGCCCACGGACCUGGAGGGCGGCCAGCUGCUGGCCGAGAAAACCGAUCGGCGGGAGUUCAUAGAUCUCCUCAAGCGCAUGCUGACGAUCGACCAGGAGCGACGCCUCACCCCCGCAGAGGCGCUCAACCAUUCGUUCACGCGCCUCACGCACCUCGUCGACUAUGUGUAUUGCAACAACGUGAAGGCCUCUGUCCAGAUGAUGGAAGUGUGUCGUCGCGGCGAUUUCCACACCGUACAACCUGCUUCGACGUUGGUCACCAAUUUCGUGCCCAGCAGCACCGAGAACAUGACAUUUACGAUCAACAACCAGCUGACCAGCCAAGUGCAGCGCCUCGUGCGGGACGGCCGGCCCCUGGCCUACGAGGGCCUCUACCAGAUCUACAACGGCCGCAGUGUGGCGCGCCAGUAUCCGCAGGCGCGCACCGACAGCUUCCAGCAUCAGUUGGUGUCGAACAUCCUCUGUCCGCCGUCGUACCAGGCGAUGGCCAGUCCCACGAAGCACGUGGUGGUGGGCAGUGCCACCAUGCAGCCGCCCCUGCAGGUGCCGCCGCAGCAGUACGUGAACGUGCCGGUGCCAGUGUCGAUGGUGGAGCCCACCUCGGGCCAGAGGAUGCUGCUGACGAACCGCGUGCAGGCGAGUGGUGUGGCCUGGCCCCAGACCGGGCGACAGAUGGCCCUGGUGCCCUCGUGGCCGCAGCAGGCGCCCGCCCACUCGCUGAUUGUCGACUCGACGCCGCUCUUCAACGUGGAGGAGAUCUAUCCCAAGCAUCAUCUCAAUUUGCCACGCAACGAUCUCAAAAAGGAAUCGCCGGCUCAUCAUUUAGCCAAGGGCAACUCUUAUCGCGUGCCGCGUCAUGAGAAGAAGGAGCACCAGCAGCUGUCGCCAGUGAAGAAGCGCGUGAAGGAGAGCUCGCCGCCGCACCAGCAGCGCUACCAGCGAACGGCCCACGUGUCGCCGCAGUACCACACGCAUCACAACUGCAAUUACGGCGGCAACUACGGCAGUGGCGGCAGCGGCGCGGGCGGCUCGGUGCUGGCCUCAUCCGGUGGGGGAGCCUCGGCGAGCAAUAUUCCCAGCAGCUCGGGGGGAUCGCACCACCAUCAUGGCGCCCCAGUGGCGCAUGUGCAGCAGCCGUAUAGCGCCUCGUCGGGCGGCCAUCAUAUUGUGAGCAAUUGUCAGGCGAAUGGAGGCUACCAGCAGCCGCCGUCGCACGCCCCACAUCCGCAGCAGCAGCAGCACCAGCCGCAGCAGCAGCAACAGCAUCCGCAUCCGCAUCCACAUCCGCAUCCACAGCAGCAGCAGCAGUCGCAUGUGAAGCAACAGCCGACGAUCACCAUCCAUGAUACGCCCUCACCGACGGCAGUGAUCACCAUUUCGGACAGCGAGGACGAGGGCGGGGACAAUGGGGCAACAACAGCGGCGCCAGUGAAGCAGCGGGCGCAUGCCCAGUCCCAGACGAGCAGCAGUCUGAUGCAGCAGCAGCAGCAGCAGCAAUCCUCUGUGCCACUGCAUUGCCAGAGGAGCAGCAACCAGAGCAACGUGCAACAGCAGCAGCAACAGCAGCAGCAGCAGCAGCAGCAGCAGCAGCAAUCGAUCAAUUAUGGUGAACACGAUCCGGAGGACGCACGUCGACGCCAUCACGCAGCAGCCGCGGCAGCCAUUGCCGCAGGGAGCCCCAAGCAUCACCAUCAGCAGCAGCAGCAACAACAACAACAACAACAACACCAGCCGCCGCCACAGCAGCAGCAGCCACACUAUCAGCCGCAGCCACAGCAGCAGCAACAGCAGCAGCAGCAGCAAGUGCAACAGCAGCCGCAGCCGAACAUCAAGUACGAGCCGGGGCAAUCGCAAAAGAAACGCAUCCUAGCGAUGGCCCAAAGCGAGUGCAACUACCAGCCGCAGCAGCAGGUGCAGGUGCAGCAGCCGCAGCCAUCCGCCAGUCUGCCGCACAUUCCGCCAAAGCAGGAGCCGGCUGAGUUCUAUCCGGAAUACGUCCCACAGCAGCAGCAGCAACAGCAGCAGUUGGACACGAAGCGCUCCUCGUGGGCGCCCACAUCCUCCUCUGCUGCACCGCCGCUGGCGCAUCCGAAGCGAGAGGCGCCCUCGGCUGCGCCCAUUAGCUAUGUGGCACCCGCUGUGGCGCCGCCCCUGGCCCACUCGAAGAGCAGUUCGUCGUCGUCUUCAUCGUCGAUUAGCGCUGCGACUGCAGCGGCCGCAGCUGCAGCUGCCGCGGCGGCAGCCGCUGUGGGACCGCCCUCCUGGGGGGCACCUCAGGUCUACCGCCAGCCAUCGCAGCCGCCGCCAGGCAGUGUGGCCUCCCAGCCGCCGGCUGCGCCGCAUCACCACCACAGCAGCCACAGCCAUCAUCAUCAUCAGGCUGGGACACCGCUGGGCGGCUCGCCCUCGUCCACGGCAGCGGCGGCCAUGCUGCAGACGGACAUCUAUGCGCAGGGCGACAUCUAUCGCCGUCCCACGGUGUUUGUGUCGCAGGCGGCGCCCAGCUACGCGUACGCCAACAGAGCAGUGGUGGCCCCACCACCGGCGCACAACAGCAGCAGCCGUCAGGUGAUACCGUCGCAUCCGUUGCCGGCCCACAUCCAGAUACCCACGCAGUACAGCCAAUUCGGACCACUCAGUCCUGCCCAGGUAGCUGCCGCCGGCAAGCAUGCGGCGCACUUCGCGCCCACCAACAUAUGGUAUGGGGCUGAGUAGGGAGCCACGAAAGUGGGUGACACGAACGAACAGAGGGUUAGGCGAGACGAGACGACACGAAAUCGAGAACGAGAACGAGAACGAGAGAGAGAGAGGGAGAUGUGACACCACCAGCACACAGCGAAUCACCACCAUCACGAUCUGAGCUCAAGAAAACUCAUUUGAAUGAUUCAGCGCUCGAAUCGUUUGUGGCCUCGGUUGAGGAAGGAGUGGAUGACCCAAGCCAUGAGCUACAGCAACAGGAGCAGCAGCAGCAGCAGCAGCUACAGUUGACACAGUGCUGGUGGUUUAUGCUACUGAUGCAGCAGACGAUUAUACAACACAACAGCAGUAUGCUGCAGGCGGGUAGCGAGGAGUCUAUCACAUCAAGAGAGGCAUCAGCAGCAGCCUCAGUCACAUCUUCAGUUGCUGCCACAGCCACAUCAUCAGAAGCGUCUUUUUCUGAGGCAAUAACAACAGCAGCAGCCGCAGCAGCGGCAACAGCAACAGCAUCAACAUCUUCAGCGGCAUUCAACAUAUUUUGCAGAACAUCACGCCGCAAGCAUUGAGAGCAUCGUCUCGUCGCCAGCUCAUUCGUUUUCUUUGGAUAUGAAAGAGAUAUUUGUUUCAACUGGAAGAGGAUUUGGAUUUGGAAUACAGCAGACUCCACAUCGUUGGACUAGCCCUUACGAUUAUUCAGUUGUAUUAUGUUCUAUAAUAUCAUAAUUGUAAAUGUAAAGCGGAGAAGCAGUCUUACACGCUUGCAAGUGUAAGACGUGCGUAGAGCCCAUAGCUUCACUUUCUUCUCUCUCUCUCUAUAUAUAUAUAUAGUAUAUAUAUGGGUAUAUAUGCGGACAUAUAUAUAUGUAUAUGUGUGUGUGUGUAGUUUUUAUCUGUAUAUGCAGAUUGUUGUUUUUUCCUCUUCUACAAAACGAAAGCGUUUCAUUCUCUAUGUGUGUUGUGUAUUGUAUUUUAU